AUGCGUAACCUGCUGUCGUUUUUCUUUCUCCAACGCAGUGCUUGGGCCAGUGUUGACCCGCAACUGGCUGAGUUCGUCGUGGACAAGUUUUCUUCAUUGGACUUUGACUCAGCUGGUUCUGUCGUAGUUUCUAUAAUCAUCCGCCUGUAUGAGAAAUACUGCCGCUCACUGAACACUGACGAUGAUAGAGUGGCUGAGCAAUUGGGCCGCUCUGAGACACUGCUAGAGCAAAGCCGUCCACCCAAAGUCCUGUCCGAUCUAUUCUCUUUGUACACGACGUGUCACCAUUUGAGACAACAGUGCGAGUGGCAAAAUGUUAUUUUCUGGUCUGUCUGUCAUCUAGCUGAUGAAGGCUUAACCAUAUUUGUCAGGCGAAAAAUCGAAGAUUUCUUGUGUGAGACGAAGGACUGUGAAGUCGACUCAAUUCUUCCAAGCGUUGUCGACUUGUUUUGCUGCACGGACUCUGCUCAUGUGUUAAAUGGUACCGCCCGAAUUCUAAAUCACUUUGCCGAUCGGUUGGAUUGUUCCCAUAUUCAAUGCAUUAUCAAAACUAUACAGUCAGGAGGUGUCGCCGGUGAUAUAGUGUACCAGCUGGCUGCACGAGCACGGCCCGACAUGACCUUGUCAGACGAUCUUGCGCCGAAUAAGUGGAGUAGUGAAACUGCUAGGUGCCAAACCAUCAUGAAGCUUGUUCGUUCAUCCCCAAAGCGCUCAGAUCUCAGUGAUCUCCUAGCUACAGUAUUCUUGUCGCCAUGUGUAAAAUUAAGCAUGUUUGUCAACGUCAUCGAACUACUGGAUGAUGAGAAACUGAAAUCCUACCUCAUGGAUGUCUGUCGAUUCUUGUUGGAUCGACGACGCUCACCGCUGUCGGAUUUGCAGGAAAUGCUAUCAAAACUUUCCGCUCGUCUUGAUGUUGCCGACUUGGCCAUAGAAUCGCCAUGUCUAAUAGAAGCGAUAUGUGCUGUGCGGGGCCAGGACUGUCUCAGCGAUCCUGCAAUGACGGACAUUCGCGAUAGGCUAGCUUUAGAAAUCACGAAAGCCAUAAUGCACUCGGAUUGGGAAGUACGUGAUACCGCAUUGGAGAUUGCAGCGGUGGUACCCUGUUUUCGUCCGAUGUUAGGGCCGCUGCAACCCCUCGUUCGCUCCGAUCCUUCACCCUAUGUGAGAGCUGCAGCGCUUCGAUGUCUGAUAUUAGAUGAGCAGUACCAUCUAGAUGAGCUUCCACUGCUAUGUGAAAACGUGGUGCUAAUGGAUGCUGAUGCUGAGCCUCGCCUUGUUGCAAUACAGUAUCUGCACAGUACAUUGAAGGAGAAUAUUAGCCAUGCUUUUCGAAUACUGCCAAAGGCUAUUGAAGACAAUGACAUUGGAGUCAGAAUACUAAUGGUCGAGAUGUGUUCUUCUUUACUUUUGGAUAAGAAGUACGCAGCAGAUACCGCCAAGGAGUUAGAAGAAUGGACGGAGGAUCCUGAAAUCGGCGCUGCAGUUCGAGCAGUAUUGGGUGAGCCGCCAGCAGAGCGAUCAGAUCCUGUUGAGCAUAUACUUGCCGAUAUGAUGAACACCUUACGCAUACGGUUUGAGGACACGAUGGAUUGUUACUAG